AUGUCCGGUCUACAAAAAUCGGCAAUGCAAGCGAGGCUUGCCAAACUACCAUAUAUACCAACUGUCGCGCCUCCUUAUGAUGACGAAGAGGACGUGGAGGAGCGAGAAGAGGCCAUUCCUACACCUGAAAGAAGAUCACUCCGUAGUAUUGACACACCUGAUCUCUCUGCGUUUAGCCCAAUCUCGGCCUCUGGAUACUUUUCACAAGCAGUUCAGGUCAAACUGGACAAUAGGGGAAUCGAAUUGCGAGUAUAUUACUCGCCUGCAGUUCCACAGAGUGGCGCAGAAGCAGAUGGACCAUCCACAGUUAUGGAAGUUACACGGUUAUCUAAUGGAGAGUGUGGCGUGCUUGCAUUCGACGCAAGAAGACAUGGUGCGGACUUCAGGAAAACUAUACCACUCGAUGGACAAACCGACGAAGAUCUCGACAUUGAAACACUUGCAAAGGAUCUAGAGGACUUGCUCGUGACCUUAUUCCCUGAUCCUAUUCAGUCACCAACAUUCAUACUAGUUGGUCAUAGUAUGGGCGGUGCGGCUUGUGUCAAGACAUGUCCUGUCUUACAGAGCAGACAAUAUAGAGUUUCGGGAGUCGCGGUUUUAGACGUGGUGGAAGGAUCUGCAUUGGAAGCGUUGCCAAUAAUGAUGGGUCUCCUUGACUCGAGACCAGAUGGAUUUGGGACACAGGAGGAGGCAGUACAAUGGCA